AUCUAUCACAGCUUCAGCAUCCUCCCCAUCCCCUCUCUGCAGCCAGCAUCCUCUCUUCUCUCUGAAACAUCCCUUGCUUCUCUCACCUUUCUGCAGCAUCUCUCACUCCAUCCACACCAUAUGCAGUGUGAGUCAGCCAGCCAGGCACACCUCUCGUCUCUUUCUCCCCCUCCGUAGAAUCCUUACCCUGGGCUAGUAACUCUGCAGUAUCCCCCUCUUGCCUCCUCUCCCUUUGGCUAAGCAGCUGCGCCAGUCCCCCUCGCUCCCUCCUCCACAGCAUCGGCUGUUUGGAGCACCAGACAUACACACAGGCAGGCUCCAUCUAUCCCCAGCCACGGAGUCCCUUCUCUGGGUAGCCGGGCUCCCGUUCCCCCUCCUGAGGAUGAUGCUGUGGAUGAAGACGGAGGAGAUGGCCCUUGGAACGAUGCUAGAAAGACUCAGACUGGUCAUCCAAAAUGUUGAUGAGAUCAUGCAGCAGGAGAACAGCCCCCUCUGUGCCAUCGACAUCACCCCUGACCUUAGGAAGAAGUUUGCCUUUCUGUUAGGGGGCCGGGGGCAGAACGGCAGCCCCAUCAUCGUGUUCCCAGAGUUCUCUGCUUUCGGAGAGAUUCAGGAGAGGGAGUUCCACAACGUGCUCACUUACUUGACCAACGUCCCCAGUCUGUCUGCAGCAGGAGUGGGUUUCAUUCUGGUCAUUGACCGAAGGCAGGACCGAUGGGCUGCCGUCAAGGGGACCCUGCUCCGCAUCGCAGGUUCAUUCCCAGGGAACCUGCAGUUGGUUCUGGUAUUGAGGCCCACCACAUUAUUCCAGAGGACUCUAUCAGACAUUAUGUUCAAGUUCAACAAGGAUGAGUUCAAGAUGAAGGUGCCGGUGAUUAUGUUGAGUUCUGUGACUGAGCUUCACUCCUACAUAGACCAGACACAAUUGACUACUGAGCUGGGAGGAACGCAGGAGUACUGCCACGAGCAGUGGAUCUCACACCGUACCGACAUGGAGGGCUUUGCUUUGGUGGUGAAGAGAACAGCUCAGAUCCUGCAGUCGUUUGGGACAGAGCUAGCAGAGACUGAACUACCCAAUGACAUCCAGGCUACUGCAAACUUACUGAGAUCACACACUGACAAGAAAGACAAGAUGAAGGAUGAUCUACAUGUGGCUCUAGGACAGGGCAGCAGACUGUUGGAGAGUAUUAAUGAGCCAGUGGUCAGAGAUCCCGAUCACAACAGGAACCAGGGCGAACUGGAGAACCUGUCCACCGUACAGAGACUGUUGUCCCAGUUGGAUGAGACAGAGCGGGCGUGUGAUGAGUUCUGGGGGACACACCAGGCCAAGCUGGAGCAAUGUCUGCAGCUCCGCCACUUUGAACAUAACUUCAGAGAGAUGAGAUGUCUGCUGGACCAGGUGGCAGAGAGAUUGACAGCUUUCUCAGAGGUGGGAAUAAACCCUGCCCAUGCUGAUCACAUCUUCUGCGACCUGAACAGCCACGAGGCGAGAGUCUUAGAGGUAUUGGACGAAGCCCAGGCUUUGGCCCGUGAGGGUGACGAGUUGAUCCAGAGCUCUCACUACGCUGAGGACUCCAUCCAGCCCAAAUGCAGCGAGCUCCGAGCCGUGAGCAAGGAACUUAGUUCCACCCUGAGAGCAAGGAAAGAUCACCUACUCAGAGCUAUGGAACUACACCACAAUCUGGAGAGGGCUGCUAAAUGGUGUGGUGAUGGCCUCUACCUGCUGGCCUCCCAGCCCGUGGACAAGUGUCAGUCACAUGAAGGGGCGGAGUCAGCGCUGCAGGAAAUGGAGCGUUACCUAGAUAUGGCGGGGCACAACAAACUAACUGAUCCUAGCUCCAUCUACAGUGAUUACAAGACAGUGCUCAACCAGGACUUCAGGGACCAAAUAGAUAAAGUCUUUCAGAAGCAGGUAUCCGUGCAGGAGAUGUUUGAGAAGAGGAUGGUCAGUCUGAAGAAGCUGGCAGCCAAACAAACCAGGCCAGUCCAGCCUGUGGCCCCAAGGCCUGAAGCCUUCAUCAAGUCCCCACUCUCCUCGCCAGCAAAGAGAGUGCUGGAGAAGAGUUGCUCAGAGGGAGACUCUGUGAAUGGGGUCAGCAGUAGAACAGUGGAGGGCCAGCUACAAAGCAGCAGAAGUACCUCACUGUCAGAGGAGGACGAGAACCUGGCCAUCCUCAGAAAACAUGUAAUGAAUGAGCUACUGGAGACAGAAAGGGGGUACGUGGAGGAACUGCACUGUGUCCUACAGGGCUAUGCCUCAGAGAUGGACAAUCCAGCCAUGGCCAGCCUCAUGCCCGCUCCUCUGCAGAACAAGAAAGAUGUGCUAUUUGGCAACAUGCCAGAGAUCUACACCUUCCACAAGAGGACCUUUCUGGGGGAGUUAGAAGAGUACCAAGGCUGCCCGGAACUUGUGGGUCGUUGUUUUCUGCAGAGGAUGACAGACCUGCAGAUCUAUGAGAAGUAUUGUCAGAAUAAACCUCGCUCUGAGAGCUUGUGGAGACAGUGCUCCGACUGCACCUUCUUCCAGGAAUGUCAGAAGAAGCUGGAACAUAAACUGGGCUUGGAUUCCUAUCUCCUGAAACCGGUCCAGAGGAUCACCAAAUACCAGCUCCUGUUGAAGGAGCUGCUAAAGUACAGUAAGGGCUGUGAGGGGUCAGAGGCCCUGCAGGAUGCGCUCACCUCUAUCCUGGGAAUCUUGAAGGCUGUCAAUGACUCCAUGCAUCUCAUUGCUAUCACUGGAUACGAUGGUCACCUGGGUGACCUGGGCCGGCUGCUGAUGCAGGGGUCAUUCAGCGUGUGGACGGAACACAAGAAAGGUCACGCCAAGGUCAAGGACAUGGCCCGCUUCAAGCCUAUGCAGAGACACCUGUUCCUGCACGAGAAAGCCCUGCUCUUCUGUAAGAGACGGGAGGAGAACGGGGAGGGCUACGAGAAAGCCCCGUCCUACAGCUUCAAACAGUCCCUUAGUAUGAGUGCUGUGGGCAUCACUGAGAAUGCCAAAGGUGACAACAAGAAGUUUGAGGUCUGGUGCAACUCACGGGAGGAGGUGUACAUUGUGCAGGCCCCGACGACUGAGGUGAAAACGACGUGGGUGAACGAGAUCCGGAAGGUUCUGACAACACAGCUGGAGGCCUACAGAGAUCUCCCUGCAUGUCUUCCAGAAGCCAGCCAACAGAGGUCGUCAGACGGACUGUUCCAGUUCCCUCCUACCGCUGGAGAACCUGUCAGCCUUGGUUCAUUUAGAAGAGGGGAGAGGAGCAUGAAGGUGAAGAAGGGAGAACCCAGCAGCCCCGACGCUAACUCCUCCCCAAUAACCAAAGACGGGGCAGUGACCAGUCCUACCUUUAACAGAGCAGCAGUGGCUAAAAAGCGUUUUACCUUGCAGGGCUUCAGCAACUUCAGCAAAGGUUCUCCCACAAGCCCUGACCAUAAAACCAAACGUCAUGAGAUAAAGAGUGAUCCCACUCCGUUCGGCUUCAAAGGAUGGACUAAGGGCUCUCUCUCAUUGGACGCCAACGAGGAGAAUGAUGGGUACUCUAGCACUGAAGAGCCCCUAACCUCCGACCCUGAGGACGGGGGGGGAAAGAAACUGUGUGCAGGGAAGUACACAGUGGUGUCUGACUAUGAGAAAUGCAGCACCCAGGAUCUGUCAGUCAAGAGUGGUGAAACAGUUCAGCUGAUCAAGGAGGGAGAAGAUGGCCAGUGGUUUGUGAAGAAUCUGAAGACUAAGCAGGAGGGCUUGGUGGCUGCUGCCAACCUUUACACCCUGAUUGGAGAGUCCACGUCCUGCCAGUCUCUCACCAGCUCAGAGGGCAGUGGCUCAGGGAACCUCAGCACUUCAUCCAGCUGCUGUGAGACCAACACCAGCUCCUCUGACAUCAAGCCCUGAAUCCUUCCCUGGCCACGCCUGGUCUCCGGAGCCGAACGCUACAGCACCAGCUGGUGGCUCCCCCAACAAAGCAGUUCUUUCUCCCCCACCCAAAACCCAACUUUGCCUCUCCUUACCCAGAGGCUGGAUUAGGAUACUGGUCAGCCACUUCAAGAAAAUGCCAACUAAUGCCAAUGUUCCAGUGACCAGUCUAUAGAUAGUAGUGUCAUUGAUUAGAGAAUGGAUCUGGUGCCCUGGUGUAAUUGUAGAGACACAGUGCAGUGUUUGUAGAAAGAAGCUACAUUCAUCCAUAUCUAUCCACCCAUCCACAGGAUGAGCAAGUGGAGUAUGAGGUCUAGGAUUGAUGGAGGGUGUACUGUUCCUAGAUCUGACCGUCAGCUGUGCAAGCAGACCUGGGGCAGGCUAAUAUCAAUGGCACUACGGCAGACAAAAUGCUAUGGACAAGCUGGAACCUGGCAUAACCAAUAGAAUUUGAAUAACAUUCUAGAAUGAAUUAGAAUUCUAAUUCUAUGAAUCCGAUCAGGUGUCAGUGAUGACAUGGAUCGUGUUGACCGGUCUUGUUGUACUGUAGGCCUGUGUCACUGUCAUAAUUCUGUUGGUCCACAUCAUGGUACCUUUGACUGUCUAGAAAUAGACAAGACUCUUCAUAUUUUUCAAAUAGAAAGUUAUUGUAAAUAAAAAAGAUUAUGAAUGCAAUGAAUGUAAAGUAUACCUUGUUUAGCUUUUCAGAUUGUUGCUCGAUGAGUGUUACCAGUCACCUCAAACAUGUGACCAUGGAAGUAACCAGUAUGACCUAUGGUAGGCCUAUGACUAUCUUAUUGCCUGUUGGACAGUGAGGGGUAACUGUGUAUUUGGAAGCUGAGGGAUGUGAAUGACUAGUUAUGUACUUUGAUAAAGAUGUUAUUCUACAUAUUUCUAUCUCUGUAAUGUAAUCUCUCUCUACUCUUUCUAUCUUGCUUGGCCUUCCACCUCCUUGUCCUCUUAAUUAGCUUACCCUGUCCUACAACAUAAGUUUUGUAUGACUCAGACCACAGGAGGCUGCUGAGGGGAGGACUACUCAUAAAAAGGCCUGGAAUGGAAUGAAUGGAAUAGUAUCAAAUGCAUGGAAACCAUUUAUUCAGUUCCAGCCAUUACUUUGAGCCUUGUCCUCCCCAAUUAAGGUGCCUCCAACCUCCUGUGAUUCAGACAGAGCAGUCACAGUAUUCACUGUUGGUUGUCCUCGUCAAAUAACUUUAUGAGAUCCCUUUUUCAUCCACUCCUACGGCUGUCCAGUCACACAUGUAUUAAACAUGACUUUGGAUAUAGGCUGUCCAGUCACACAUGUAUUAAACAUGACUUUGGAUAUAGGCUGUCCAGUCACAUGUAUUAAACAUGACUUUGGAUAUAGGCUGUCCAGUCACAUGUAUUAAACAUGACUUUGGAUAUAGGCUGUCCAGUCACAUGUAUUAAACAUGACUUUGGAUAUAGGCUGUCCAGUCACAUGUAUUAAACAUGACUUUGGAUAUAGGCUGUCCAGUCACACAUGUAUUAAACAUGACUUUGGAUAUAGGCUGUCCAGUCACAUGUAUUAAACAUGACAUGGGAUAUAGGCUGUCCAGUCACAUGGUAUUAAACAUGACUUUGGAUAUAGGCUGUCCAGUCACACAUGUAUUAAACAUGACUUGGGAUAUAGGCUGUCCAGUCACACAUGUAUUAAACAUGACUUUGGAUAUAGGCUGUCCAGUCCCAUGUAUUAAACAUGACUUGGGAUAUAGGCUGUCCAGUCACAUGUAUUAAACAUGACUUGGGAUAUAGGCUGUCCAGUCACAUGUAUUAAACAUGACUUUGGAUAUAGGCUGUCCAGUCACAUGUAUUAAACAUGACUUUGGAUAUAGGCUGUCCAGUCACAUGUUUUAAACAUGACUUUGGAUAUAGGCUGUCCAGUCACACAUGUAUUAAACAUGACUUUGGAUAUAGGCUGUCCAGUCACAUGUAUUAAACAUGACUUGGGAUAUAGGCUGUCCAGUCACAUGUAUUAAACAUGACUUUGGAUAUAGGCUGUCCAGUCACACAUGUAUUAAACAUGACUUGGGAUAUAGGCUGUCCAGUCACACAUGUAUUAAACAUGACUUUGGAUAUAGGCUGUCCAGUCACAUGUAUUAAACAUGACUUGGGAUAUAGGCUGUCCAGUCACAUGUAUUAAACAUGACUUGGGAUAUAGGCUGUCCAGUCACAUGUAUUAAACAUGACUUGGGAUAUAGGCUGUCCAGUCACACAUGUAUUAAACAUGACUUGGGAUAUAGGCUGUCCAGUCACACAUGUAUUAAACAUGACUUUGGAUAUAGGCUGUCCAGUCACAUGUAUUAAACAUGACUUGGGAUAUAGGCUGUCCAGUCCCAUGUAUUAAACAUGACUUGGGAUAUAGGCUGUCCAGUCCCAUGUAUUAAACAUGACUUGGGAUAUAGGCUGUCCAGUCCCAUGUAUUAAACAUGACUUGGGAUAUAGGCUGUCCAGUCACAUGUAUUAAACAUGACUUGGGAUAUAGGCUGUCCAGUCCCAUGUAUUAAACAUGACUUGGGAUAUAGGCUGUCCAGUCACAUGUAUUAAACAUGACUUGGGAUGUAUGCUAGUCAUUUUACGGGCAUUUCUCCAUGUGUACUGUGAACUUUGCUCCUUUUGUUAAUAACUCAGUAUCCAGUAUAUAGUCUUAAAUUAUUUAUUGCUUUACAAUCAUUUAUAAAGAUAUUGUUUAUUACCUCACUAUUUUCUUUAAGAAAUCAGAAAUUCUGUCAGCAUUGUCUGUUUUUUUGUAUUAAAAAGGACUUUGUGUCAACUAAUGACGACCCUAAA